GCAGAGUGAGUAGGAGGAGCGGUUUCUGCCAGGAGUUGAUAUGGCUCCGUUAGUUACACUGUUCUCUCUCUUCACCUGAUCAGGGACCUGACAACCCAGGCCAGGCUGUCCAGCAGGAGUUAAACCUCUGCCUCUCCGCUGACAGCGACUACAGGAGCAAUUGAAGCUGCGCGACUCCCUGGAGGACUGAAAAGUCUGUAACCAGGGAAAGCACCACUUCCGCUGUCGUCAUCACGGCGACACGUGGAUCCAAGAUGGCGGCGGCGAUGGUUUGGUGGCCAUGGUCCCUGGUACUUCUUUCUUUCACAUGUGAAACAAGUGCAUUCUAUGUCCCUGGGGUUGCACCAAUCAACUUCCACCAGAAUGAUCCUGUAGAAAUUAAGGCUGUGAAACUUACCAGCUCUCGAACCCAGCUACCUUAUGAAUACUACUCAUUGCCCUUCUGCCAGCCCAGCAAAAUAACCUACAAGGCAGAGAAUCUGGGAGAGGUGCUGAGAGGGGACCGGAUUGUCAACACCCCUUUCCAGGUUCUCAUGAACAGCGAGAAGAAGUGUGAAGUUCUGUGCAGCCAGUCCAGUAAGCCAGUAACCCUGACAGUGGAGCAGAGCCGGCUGGUGGCUGAGCGCAUAGCAGAAGACUACUAUGUCCACCUCAUUGCCGACAACCUGCCUGUGGCCACUCGGCUAGAGCUGUACUCCAACCGUGACAAUGAUGACAAGAAGAAGGAAAAAGAUGUGCAGUUUGAACAUGGCUACCGUCUCGGCUUCACAGAUGUCAAUAAGAUCUACCUGCACAAUCACCUCUCGUUCAUCCUUUACUACCACCGAGAGGACAUGGAAGAGGACCAGGAACACACAUACCGUGUCGUCCGCUUCGAGGUGAUUCCCCAGAGCAUCAGGCUGGAGGACCUCAAAGCAGAUGAGAAGAGUUCAUGCACCCUACCUGAGGGUACCAACUCCUCACCCCAAGAAAUUGACCCCAACAAGGAGAAUCAGCUGUACUUCACCUACUCUGUGCAUUGGGAGGAAAGUGACAUCAAAUGGGCCUCUCGCUGGGACACUUACCUGACCAUGAGUGACGUGCAGAUCCACUGGUUUUCUAUCAUUAACUCUGUUGUGGUGGUCUUCUUCCUAUCAGGCAUCCUGAGCAUGAUUAUCAUUCGGACCCUCCGGAAGGACAUCGCCAACUAUAACAAGGAGGAUGACAUUGAAGACACCAUGGAGGAGUCUGGGUGGAAGCUUGUGCAUGGUGAUGUCUUCAGGCCACCCCAGUACCCCAUGAUCCUCAGCUCCCUGCUGGGCUCAGGCAUUCAGCUCUUCUGUAUGAUCCUCAUUGUCAUCUUUGUGGCCAUGCUUGGGAUGCUGUCGCCCUCCAGCCGGGGAGCUCUCAUGACCACAGCCUGCUUCCUCUUCAUGUUCAUGGGGGUGUUUGGUGGAUUUUCUGCCGGCCGACUGUACCGCACUCUAAAAGGCCAUAGGUGGAAGAAAGGAGCCUUCUGUACGGCAACACUGUACCCUGGUGUGGUUUUUGGCAUCUGUUUUGUAUUGAAUUGCUUCAUCUGGGGAAAGCAUUCAUCAGGAGCGGUUCCCUUUCCCACCAUGGUGGCUCUGCUGUGCAUGUGGUUCGGGAUAUCUCUGCCCCUCGUCUACUUGGGCUACUACUUUGGUUUCCGCAAGCAGCCAUAUGACAACCCUGUGCGCACCAACCAGAUUCCCCGACAGAUCCCUGAGCAGCGGUGGUAUAUGAACCGAUUUGUGGGCAUCCUCAUGGCUGGGAUCCUGCCCUUUGGUGCCAUGUUCAUCGAGCUAUUCUUCAUCUUCAGUGCAAUAUGGGAGAAUCAGUUCUAUUACCUCUUUGGCUUCCUGUUUCUUGUUUUCAUCAUCCUGGUGGUAUCCUGUUCACAAAUCAGCAUCGUCAUGGUGUACUUCCAGCUGUGUGCAGAGGAUUACCGCUGGUGGUGGAGGACUUUCCUUGUCUCCGGGGGAUCUGCAUUCUAUGUCCUGGUCUAUGCCAUCUUUUACUUUGUCAACAAGCUGGACAUUGUCGAGUUCAUCCCCUCUCUCCUCUACUUUGGCUACACGGCCCUCAUGGUCCUGUCUUUCUGGCUGCUCACGGGCACCAUCGGCUUCUAUGCUGCCUACAUGUUUGUCCGCAAGAUCUAUGCUGCUGUGAAGAUAGACUGACCUGGGUGGACUUUGGCCAGGCCCGCUGCGUCCUCGGACAGGAAGCCACUCUGCGUGGGGAACUGCAGGCACACAAAAUAAAAUAACUCCUGCUCAUUUGGAAUGUAA